CCCUGUGCUCCAGGGAAUCUAGAAGCCCGGUUUGCAAACCUUCUCCGGGGAAGCGCGAGCGCCGCGCAGGCUCGAGGCCGGUGGGCGCGCCUCGGGGCCGCGCGCGGCGCCGGUCCAUUGUGUGCUUGGUGGCGCCGGGAGCGCGCCGCGGGCUCGCGCAGAGCGGUCGCCGAUUGUGUCGAUGAGGCGGGAGGGAGCGCCGACUGUCUUAGGGCGAUACAGUGUGACUGCUUCUCAGUGUUACAUUGUAUCCAGCUUCAGGGAAUUGCAACAGACCGCCAACCAACUCCAGCCCGAAAAAUGGAUCAGGAGCUCCAGAUGAUCGGCAUAACAAGUGGGACUACAAUAGUUGAAGAGCUGGUCAUCGGAUUAUAAAAGCUGCUGCAAAUGAACGACUUUUGUAAGCAGCAUUAAAUCUGAUAACCAAAGGAACUAUGGCAGCCCAGAGAAUUCGUUCGACCAACACAAGUGGACUCCCUCGGUGUAAAUCCGAAGGAACAUUAAUCGACUUGAGUGAUGGGUUUUCCGAUCUUGGUAUGAAUGAUGUCAAAGGGCCUUCUCCUAGUGCCUUGAGGUUGGAUUCAUCUACAUCUUUUGGAGAUGCUCGUGAAGUUGUGGCUAUCAAGGAUUACUGCCCCACUAAUUUUACCACACUUAAGUUUAACAAGGGGGAUAUUCUGUAUGUUUUGGACACCUCUGGACCUGAAUGGUGGUAUGCCCACAACAAUACUGAAAUGGGUUACAUUCCAGCUUCAUAUGUUCAACCUGUGGGCAGGAGUUCCUCCCUUCGAGACAGUGGAAUGGUGGACAACAUUGGGGACAGUUCUGACGAAGGCGCCAAAGAGAUGGACUUACUUGGAGAGUGGGGAGACAUCUUUGACAAAAUGACUUCGAGGCCCCAACAUAACAAUCCAUUUUUGAAUAGUUUGGCAUCCUCCAAUCCAUUUCUAGAUGGAAACAGACCGAGCGUCAGUUCCAGCAAUCAACAGGCAGCAAAAUCAGAAGUGGAUUUACUUUCGUUUGACUCUAUAACGCCAUCUUUUACCAGUUCCAAACCAUUAACAGCUAACAACUCAAGUAAUGAUGUUUUUGAGGAAGACCUGUUAACCAGCUCCAAGGCAGAGUUUGAUCCGCUCCUAAAUAGGAACAAUCCCUUCUUCAGAAGCAAGCGAUCAUACAGUAUGUCCGAGCUUUCAGUCUUGCAAGCCAGGUCUGAAGGAGCUUCUUCAUCUGGUUUCUUCACGGGGAUGCAGUCUCCAGAUCCUGAACAGUUCAAGAGCAGGGAGGACUUUCGUACAGCAUGGCUUAACCACAGGAAAAUGGCACGCUCUUGCCAUGAUUUAAAUUCUCUUGGACAAAACCCUGGCUGGGGUCAGACUCAACCUGUGGAGACUAAUAUCGCAUGUAAACUGGAUAGCAGCGGUGGGGCAGUUCAACUACCAGACACCAAUAUCACUAUUCAUGUACCAGAAGGGCAUGUUCUUCCUGGAGAAAGCCAGCAGAUCUCUAUGAAAGCCUUAUUGGACCCUCCUGUGGAAUUGAACAAUGAUAAAUGCACAACCAUUAGCCCUGUGGUUGAGAUAAAAUUAAGUAACAUGGAAGUGAAAACAUUCCUCACCUUGGAAAUGAAAAUUUCUGCUGAGCUAAAAGAUGAUGUGGCGAGCAGGAAGGAUGCGGUGAUAACCUGCCUGUUCAGCGACAGCAAAGACGGGCCGUUCUCACCCAUGCCUCAGGUUUAUCACUACGGCGAUACAGUGCAGGUGCAGCUGGACAGUCUGGAGCCUUGCAUGUAUGCUGUUGUGGUAUCUCAGGCCAAGACGCUGCAGUACCCCGACACGGUGUGGGAUUGCAUCAACAAAAACAUCACAGUCGGGGUUUAUGGACCUAAGCACAUCCACCCCUCCUUCAAGGCGGUGGUAGCUGUUUUUGGGCAUAACAGUGCACCAAAGUCAUUGCUGGUCAAUGAAGUAGGCCGAGAGGUUUUGAGUGCACCCCCGGUGGCACUACAGCUAUGGGGCAAGCACCAGUUUGUGCUAGCCAGGCCACAGGACCUGAGAAUCAGCAUCCACCCCAAUAUUUCCAACUACGAGGUAAAAGCUGCCGACCAGGUUAAGGUCGUCCGUGGAUUCCAGGUGAGGCUUGGGAAGGUCAGCCGCCUCAUUUUCCCCAUCCACUCGCGGCUCCCCGAAGAGCUCUCGGACUUCACGUUGAGGAUCCAGGUGAAGAACGACCAGGAGGCAAUGAUCACGCAGUUCUGCGUGAGGACACCGCAGCCGCCUCCAAAGUCCGGGACCCGGAACAGCGGGCAGAGGAGGUUUCUGAAGAAGAAAGAAGUCGGCAAAAUUGUUCUGUCACCCUUGGCUGUCACGAGUAAAUACCCCAUCUUUCAGGACCGCCGUGUAAACAAUCUCAAGUAUGGCAAACUGCUGAAGACUGUCGUAAGGCAGAACAAAAACUAUUAUCUCUUGGAGUACAAAAAGGGAGAUGUGAUUGCGUUGUUGAGCGAAGAGAAGGUUAAGUUUAGAGGACAGCUGCGAACAAAGGAAUGGUACAUGGGCUACUACCAAGGGAAGAUUGGCCUGGUGCAUGCCAAGAACGUGCUGGUGGUUGGAAAAAUUAAGCCAAGCUUCUUCGCUGGGCCUGAUCUCACAACCUCGGCACUCUUGGACCAGAUUCUGCGACCCAGCAAGUUCCUCACCUACAUUUAUGCCUCUGUAAGAAUGAUACUGAUGGAAAAUAUCAGCAGCUGGAGAGCAUUUGCAGAUGCCCUGGGUUACAAAAACAUACCACUUGUCCACUUUUGCAGGACAGAGAUAGACAGUGAGCCAGAACGUGUGGCAUCUGUCCUGGAAAAGCUCAAGGAGGACUGCAAUGACACUGAGAACAAGGAAAAGAAGUCCUUUCAGAAAGAGCUGAUGACUGCCUUGCUGAAACUGGAUUGCCAGGGUCUGGUUGCCAGGCUCAUCCAGGAUUUUGUGCUCCUCACCACUGCCGUUGAAGUAGCCCCAAGAUGGAGAGAGUUGGCUGAGAAACUGGCCAAAGUUUCCCGGCAGCAGAUGGAAGCCUACGAAGCCCCACACAGGGACAAGAAUGGAGUUGUUGAAACGGAGGCUAUGUGGAAACCAGCCUAUGAUUUCUUGCUGACCUGGAGCGCACAGAUUGGAGACAGCUACAGGGAUGUGAUUCAGGAACUACACCUGGGACUAGAUAAAAUGAAGCAUCCCAUCACCAAGCGAUGGAAACACUUGACAGGGACCCUCAUCUUGGUUCAUGCUCUGGACAUCCUCAGGGCUGCAGCCUUCAGCCCUCCUGACCAAGAUGACAUUGCUAUUUAACCUGGAUAUUCUCAAACUUGUCACCAGAAGAUGUGGAGUAAGUCCGGCCCCAGGGAAAAGUGACUGAAACAGGAUUGCUUUGAAUGGCUUGAGCCAUUUGGACCCAGUUUUUCAAGAUUGCCAGCUGGAUGGACAGAUCUUGCAACAUGGAAUACCGUGGGGCUUUCUGUGUUGUAAAGAGCCUCGGUUAUCAGUUUUAUCACUCUGUAUUCAAACACUCGCCAUCAAGGGAAAUAUUCAGCUUCGUUCCCAAGUCAUUUUAAAGUGCCACCUCAUCUUGUGACUCCAGAGUGAAUUCUAAUAGCAUGUUUUGCACACAAAAUCAAUCAAAUUCAAUAUGGCGAGGUGGGUGAGAAUGAAUUCACCAAUGGUUCAUAAACAAAUUCCUAACUAAAUCCUGUUAUUGUUUCUGAUUCAAUUACAAUUGUGCUUUACUAUAAAGACAUGCAAAACUUUCACUGCGUGAUCUUUUCCCCCCUUUUAAAUAGCACUACUUUUUGGUACUACUUUAAACAGUGUCAAAGAAUGUUCAAGAAUUGUUCCAUAGCCUAUAUUUUAAAGAAUUGACUGAAUGUAGCUUUUGAGCAUUGUGUAUACUGCAGGAGUCCUAACUACCUCAGGUACGUUUAAGCUUUUCCCUAGUCUGCUUUAACCAUGAAAGCUCAUGUCUUAACCUUCCUUCCUUUGCUGUAGAAACCCUGUGCUGUGGUCAACUAAUUUGCUGGUCCUGACUGUUUGCCAAGUUAUUCUACCUUAUAAGGCUGUGGGUUGAAAAUCUACAGAGGGAAAUUGGACAUGUUGAGACAUGCUUGCACUUUGCAUCAGGGAGCUAGUUCCAGCUACUGCGUACUGAAACACUGACGAACCACUGACAAGUCCCAUUCAGGUUAUUCAACAGUUGCCAUUUAGCUGCGGCCGUGUUUUCCCUCCAGUUUUUAAGUAGCAUAGCUUUGAAUGUUUGUUGAAGAAUUGAAAAUGCUGCUGGCCUGGGGGAGAUGAAAGAAAAUAAUUCAGCUCAUUUGAAAGGCAAAAGUACUGUGAAAGUUCAACCAGGACUGUCCAUACUGCAUUUUAAAAACAAAGAGGCCAUUUUGAAUCUCCAGUCUUGCGCAUUAUUCCAAUUCAUCACAAAGUCUGCCUUUUGUUAACCCUCUCGCUAAUGCUGAAGGUGUGUUUUAUUUGGAAUUUCUGAUUUAAAUGUCACAAUUUCUUAAUGGCUUUUAAAUGAGGCAUGGGAUGAAGGUGAAGACGGUAGCAGUUGAUGGAAUUAUUACUGCCUGCUGCUCCUUGUUGGGUUUAAUUCUGAAGAUUUAGAAUGAGUGCGCUUUUGGGCUUUCCUCUUCAUUAACUGAGAUUUUGAUAAUUAAUGUAACAUAAUCACAUCCAGCAAUCCAGUUUUAUAUUUUUAUAUAUUUUUAAUCAAAAUGUUCAGACAUGUUAUGACACACCACUGAAGCAGGUGGGAUUGAAGCCAGUCCUUCCGGCCUACGCUACCCAAUUAUAGUCUCGUCUAAUUGGCCUCUGUGAGGCUGCCAAUGAUACACAGUAAACACUUAGUUCUCCUCUAUGGGGAAAUCGAAACAGCAGAAAAAAAAAAUCUAAUACUCGGCCAAAAAUGUUAAUGCUUUCAAAGCACACAAUUUUCACUGAGAAUAGCUGGGGUUUAUUGGGCAGAAUAAUCACUCAUUUCCGAAACUUUUGAUUAUCAAAUAUUCGUAAUGACCUGGGAAUGUUUUAUUUUUCAAUUGCAAUUUCCUUUUCAUUAUUCUGCCCUGGGAAACAGUACAUCUUGAACUUAACCCCCUCCCCGUCUCUUUCCAUGCCUGUAAAAAUGUUUAUUGGAAUGUGAAAGAUUGUUGCGAUCAGAAUUUCUUUUGGUAGUUUUCUGUCUGCAUUACUAACUCGAUGGUCUUGUAGGUCAUAUGCCUGCUCGUGGAUUCCAUAUUAUUUCCCCAUAUGUAAUUUUGUGGAACAUACAUCAGGCACAGUAGAAUGCAGAGUGCAAAGUGCUUUUCCCUGUUGGUUUUAGAUCACGCAAACUGAAUCUGGAAGUCUGCCCAACUACCUCCCAAAUUUAGACAAGGGAAACCCUUUUUUCUAAUCACUGGUUGGUCUCUGGUUUCUGUCGAUGGCUGAUAGCAUGGUGCUACCUCCGUGGAACUCAGCAGAAAUGACAGCUCCCUAAGUUAAGUUGUAAUAAGUUUGUCUGGACUUAUUUCCUAUCAGGUGCAAGGUGUCUAGAAAUUGUAUACUGAAUUUUGUUAUCUUCAUUGGUAAAGCUAUUAAUAUUUUGAGGCCAGACUCCUAAAUUAGUUCGAAGUAUUGAUAUAGAUUAAGUGACAUUUAUUUUGGUGUGAACUGAUACACAUGAUGCCAGGAAUUAAUAUGCAGCUGGUAACAAAUGCUCAGACAUUUUUCCUUUGAUCAAUGAUUUAAUUCACUCUAAUAUUUAAUACCUAACUGAGUUCAGAUGAGUGGGAGGUUUGCUCCACCUAUCUGAAGACCAGGCAUUGAUUUUCUAAGAAAGCCAGUUUUCUUAAUUAUCAAAAAACGCUGAUGCCAAAUGCUUGACUCAUUUAAGUCUUUUUGAUUUGUAAAGGAAAUUUGUAUAUUUAUAAGUAGUUGUUGAUAUUAAAAUAAUGUACAACUUAUUCUAGAGUUAGUAAUAAUUUAGUGAAGGGAUAGUCUGGAUUACGAAUUCCUGUUUGUCCUAUCCAACUCAUCACUUGGUGUUUCUGAAAUAACCAAUGCUAUUGCCCAUCCGUAUCUUAAAUCCCCUAAGCUGUUGGAAUACAUGGCAAUACUUGGUAGAACAAUAAGUCAAAGCAUGAUAAAACAUUUACAAAGUAUUUUCUCCCCUGUGGUCAGUUUAAAACUCUUUAGAAUUUAACAUUAUUUCCUCUUAGUUCAUGGGCCUGAUCUACCAAGUGAUAUUGUAGGUUCACUUUUAUCGAUGUCAUAAAAUACUACUUAUUCCUCUGAGAGGACACUUCUUAAAUUUUUAUCUAUUCUGAGCCUUUUUGUUUUGAUGCUCGCAGAGGAUUUGGAGAAUCUUUGAAUAAUUGGUAAAGGUGUUGAAAUUGGAUCACAUGGUUUGAUCCCACUGCACUGUGUCAUCAAAUUGACCUAAGCCACUGGAAAAGUUGUUCUUAUGACAAUAUUCUAUGUAUGGGUGUCUGAUCAGCAGACAUAUCCUUCUCCGAGAUAGUAGGAACUGCAGAUGCUGGAGAAUCUGAGAUAACAAGGUGUAGAGCUGGAUGAACACAGCAGGCCAAGCAGCAUCAUAGGAGCAGGAAGGCUGACGUUUCGGGCCUAGACCCUUCGUCAGAAAUUUCUUGCACUCUCGAAGUGACCCUUCCAGAUUGGCCUAAAUAAGUGUGAGCCGUUGUUCAAUGUUUGACCAUUUUUACCCUGAAAUAUUUACCUACAAGUUGUAAAUUAAUGUAAAUUUACCAUUUUUGUAACCUCUUUGCAGUUCUGGUCUUAUUUUGUGAUUUGGGCCUGUUUUCAGUGUUUUAUUGCUGUAAGUAAGGGAAAAUGAUUGAAGUUACUUCAAGACUUGUAUAGCACCUCUGAAGAGAAUCAUAGUGCCUGUUGUAGUUUGUGUAGAGUUCAGACUUUUUUUUAAAAAGCAGACCACUUUUGAUUGCUCCAACUCAAACCUGAAGGUCAUAAUCUCAACAUACAUUCUUCCACUGAUCUGUAUUGCUUCGUACAUACUGUCAUGGUCUUCGAAUAAUAUACAGGUUUUCAACAGGAUGCAGGAUUAUAGUCAUGUGUUCACCAUUCUGGCCAUAGUGGACUGUCAUCCAAUCAGACUAAUGGUAGUUUCUGGUUUUGCAUACCAACAAAAAUCUUUUAACCCAAAAUUGAUCAACCUUAGCUAAAGCCUUGGUGUGCAUGCAUGUCUCUUCACAGUUCAAUAUCACCACACAACUUGCCCCAAAUUUAAAACUACAAAACUACAUCUACAACUUCCUCAAAUUUAAAAUAUUUAUUUUGAAAGUUAUUGUGCAAACAUAGUUGUGAUUUUACCACUAUAUUACCCUUUGAAAGAAGGAUUGAUUUUGUAUGCUGGAGUUGUGUUGAGCAAGCAAUAGUUCUCCAUUGUUUGUGGGUCAAAAUCAUGGAACCCCUUCCAUAAUAGCUCUGUGGUUGUACCUGCACCGCGUGGAUGGCUGGGAUCCAGGUGGCUCACCAGCAUUCCAUCAAGUGAUGGACAGUAAAUGCUGUCCUUUCCAGUGAUGCUCACAUCCCAAGAACAAAGAAAAGGAAGUUGAAAGUUAAGUGCAUCAGUUUGAGGUGGCAAGCAAUUUGAAAUGAUCUGAUUAAUUUACAUUGGACUCUUCAUGGCUUCCCAUUUUUAACAACCAUGUUGUAAUAUCUGUUAAUUCAGUCUUGAUCAAAGUGAUGCUUCAGUUCCUUUUUUCCAUCCGUGUUCUUACAUCAGCAAAUAAAUAAAUCAGUAAGCUAGUCUGGACCUUCACCUCCGUGCACUUUCUACCACAUACUCUCUUAACUGAAAGUUGCUGCAAUAUUGCCACUCACUUGCUUCCUGACCCAACACAGCACACUGUUGUUACGCUGACUGAUAUUGUAGCCUGCUGUUUUGGAGAUAUGAAUUGCCUUACUUCUGUGAUUUUUUUUUUUAAGCCGCUGCUUUCCAUUUCUCUACAUAUUUAUGAAAAGUAAUUUCUAGCCUAUUGACAUACUUUGUCUGGUUUUAAACAUCUUCAUGUUGAAAUAAAAAAAAAUUUGUAAUUCUGCA